CAUUUAAUCAUUUCUUACCUAAUACUUACUUCAAAAAACAAAACCCUAAAAGGGAUUGAUUCGCCGCCAGAUUUUUUAUUCUCCUGUCUCCCAUUUAACCUUCAUCACCUCUCUUAUUAGCUAACAGUUUUCUUUACCUGCUCUAUGUUGAGAAAAAUGAACUUUCUUGGAGUUUAAUUAGUCAAAGAUGGGAUUUUUAUCAACACCAAAGCUUCAAUUUUCAGCUUAUACAUGUUUUGUGGGUACUGAUUAUAUUUGUUGUAGAAUCGAGUAUAUAAUUGGUGUUUGAUCAUGGAGUUUUCUUGGUACUAUUUUAUUUGAUCAAAGAUUGGAUUUUUAUGAGCUUAAAGGUUUGAUUUUGAGGUUGUGCACGUGGGGUUUUGUAGUUUUUAAGGUUUAUAUAUAUGACAAAGUUUUGAUUUUGAAUAGCUUUCUUGGGUUGUUAAGGCUUGUGGGUAUUGAUUAUAUUUGUUGUGGAAUUAGUGAGUGAAGAUGGUAUCUGAUUUGGGUAGGAGACCGAUGGUUGGGAACAAUGAAAAUUCAUUUGGAGAUGAGUUUGAGAAAGAGAUUGGGAUGUUACUUCAUGAUCAGCGAAGACAAGAUGCUGACGAUCGCGAAAAGGAGCUGAAUAUGUAUAGAAGUGGCUCAGCUCCACCUACUGUUGAGGGUUCAUUGAGUGCAGUAGGCGGAUUGUUUAACAAUAAUGGUUUCAUGUCUGAGGAGGAGCUUAGGUCUGAUCCUGCUUACUUAUCUUACUAUUACUCCAACGUAAAUCUUAAUCCUAGGUUGCCUCCACCACUUUUGUCCAAAGAAGAUUGGCGGUUUUCGCAGAGGUUGCAAGGAGGGAGCUCCGCUAUUGGUGAUAGGAGGAACGUAAACAAGAAUGAUAAUAAUGGUAAUGGUAGGAGGUCACCCAUGCCUCCAGGAUUUAACUCGAAAAAAGCAGAGACCGAGAACGAGACGGAUAAAUUGCAGGGUUCAGUGGAAUGGGGUGGUGAUGGGCUGAUUGGUUUGCCGGGACUAGGACUAGGUAGUAAAAAGAAGAGCAUUGCUGAAAUAUUCCAGGUGCAUGCUUCAAACUUUAUCUAGUGUUUUAUUUAUUUA